AAGAUAGAGUCGCACCAUGCCAUGGAGCCCCCUACUUUAGCUAAGAUGGUUGGUAGACUAAAGAUGAAGAGAACAAGAGAGAAGGAUGAGGCUAAAAAUAGGCAGGGGGUUUGGUCAGCUUCUAGAAAAGGAAUGUUAAUGACUUGUGGUUAUUGUGGUAAACCAAAUCAUAACAGAAGAAAAUGUCCAUUGCUCAAUGAUAAACACGAGGACGUCUUCCAAGAUGAAGAAAACUCUCAAGAAUCUCAUAAUGUGCCUUUGAUAGAAUCAGAAAACACUCAAGAAAGUGUAUGUUUCUUCAUUCCUGUUCCUGGUUCAAGUCAGAUCUCUAGCCAGACCUCUAUUGUAGCAGGGCAUGAUUCAGACCCUACUUUAUAUCCUAAAGUGGUGUCUGAAAGUAAUUUUGGACUUCAUGAAAGAUUGACAAAGAUAAAUACUGGGACAAGAAAGAUAACUUUCCAGGGAGAUCACGAUGGUAUAUCAAUACCGACCAACCUUCCAUAUUCACCAAAAAAAGUAACUUGAAAAGGGAAAGAAGCAAUGACUUCGAACCAGUUACAAGCUACAAGGGAGAGAAAAAUUGGCAAACUUAAGCCUAUAGGGGGCAAGGGGAUGUAGGAUUUGUUUUGUAUUUACUGUCUUAAGUGUUAUGUAAGGAGAAAAUGA